AUGCAGGGUGGACGAGGGUUUCAGCAAGGAUCAGGUCGCGGUCGCGGCUGCGAUCUUCCGCAACCUGCAGCAGGAUUCCAGAGUGCCCCCCCGACCAAGGCCUCCAAGCUUCUCGAAGGCCUGCUCAAGUUCACCGGCCUUUACACCGUGGACUAUGUGGACGUGUUGGCGGACAUCCUGCCCUCCGAUUCCGCGGAGCAGGAGGGCAUCUGCUUCUACGAGUUUCUGAUCUGGGCGCGCCGGCUGCGCGACCUCAUGCUGCAGGAUCUGUGGAAGUGCUUCAAGGAGUUCGAUACCAGCGGUUCGGGGCGAAUCCAGCUGGACGUGGCCAUCCUCAUCGCGGAAAGGUUCGGCAUUUCCAUGCUGACAGACGCCGUGGACGAGCUUCUCUCGGGCCUCGGCCUGAAGAACGACACCACCCUGGACUUCGAUGCAAUGGUGCAGUUCAUGGGCGCGGCCCGGGCGGUGCACGGGUUCACCCGCUCCGAGAAUGAGGAGCUCAGCGCCGCGUUCCAGAAAUUCAACUAUCAUCAGACGGGGGAGCUGACCCAACUACAGGUGCUCGACUUGAUCCGGUACCUCGGGAAUACCACGAACGUCGACGAGGUGAACUCCCUGAUCAAGCGGGUGGACUUCAACAAGAACGGCUCCAUGGAUCUCCACGAGUUCUUGCGGCUGAUGAGAAUGAUGCGCGAGCAGGCCGCCGCGCGCGGGCGCUCUUUGGGGCCGGCGGCAGGGCAGGCGGCGCCACCAGCGGCCCGCCGGCCGGUCGAUGCAGCGUGGGACAUUGCAUCCAAAGAUGGCGUCGAGAAUUUUAGCAUCGUACUGUAA